GAUUCAACAUGGCGGCGGCAGCGUCCGUGGUGGCGGCGGCUGGAGAGAGCUGAGGGCAGUGCGAGGGCGCCGAGUUCGGGUUCGAGCAGCCAGGCCGCCAGCGACUACGGCUCCGAGCCGGCCCAGGCCGGCAGGAGCCCCGGCUCUGGCAGGCACCAUGUUUGGGAAGAGGAAGAAGCGGGUGGAAAUCUCAGCACCAUCCAACUUCGAGCAUCGCGUGCACACAGGCUUCGACCAGCACGAGCAGAAGUUCACGGGGCUGCCCCGCCAGUGGCAGAGCCUGAUUGAGGAGUCAGCCCGGCGGCCCAAGCCCCUCAUCGACCCUGCCUGCAUCACCUCCAUCCAGCCUGGGGCCCCCAAGACCAUCGUGCGAGGCAGCAAAGGUGCCAAGGAUGGGGCCCUCACACUGCUGCUCGACGAGUUUGAGAACAUGUCGGUGACACGCUCCAACUCACUGCGGAGAGACAGCCCGCCACCCCCUGCCCGUGCCCGCCAGCAGAAUGGGGUGCCAGAAGAGCAAGGGCCCCCGGCCAGGGGCGGCCCAGAGAAGGCUGGAGGCCGAGGCCGGGCCACAGGGCGCAGUGAGGCGGGUGGCGGCAGUGGUGACAGGCGGAGGGGGGGCCCGGAGAAGAGGCCCAAGUCUUCCAGGGAAAGCCCAACAGGACCCCAGGAGUCCUCCCGGGACAAACGCCCCCUCUCUGGGCCCGACGUCAGCACCCCCCAACCUGCGGGCCUGGCCGGUGGGGCGAAGCUGGCAGCUGGCAGGCCCUUUAACACAUACCCACGGGCUGACACGGACCACCCACCCCGGGGUGCCCAGGGGGAGCCACACACCAUGGCCCCUAAUGGGCCAUCCGUGGGGGGUCUGGCUGCCCCUCAGUCUUCCCGGCCUCCCACCCGAGCCCAUGGUGCCCCCAGCCCUGGCAUGCUGGGCCCCCAUGCCUCUGAGCCCCAGCUGGCCCCUCCAGCCCGCACCCUUGCUGCUCCUGCUGCACCCCCCGCCCCUGGACCCCGCUCCCCACAGCGGGAGCCCCAGCGAGUGUCUCACGAGCAGUUCCGGGCUGCUCUGCAGCUGGUGGUGGACCCGGGGGACCCACGCUCCUACCUGGACAACUUCAUCAAGAUUGGCGAGGGCUCCACGGGCAUUGUGUGCAUUGCCACCGUGCGCAGCUCGGGCAAGCUGGUGGCCGUCAAGAAGAUGGACCUGCGCAAGCAGCAGCGGCGGGAGCUGCUCUUCAAUGAGGUGGUGAUCAUGCGAGACCACCGGCAUGAGAACGUGGUGGAAAUGUACAACAGCUACCUGGUGGGGGAUGAGCUCUGGGUGGUAAUGGAGUUCCUGGAAGGAGGCGCCCUCACAGACAUCGUCACCCACACCAGGAUGAAUGAGGAGCAGAUCGCUGCCGUGUGCCUGGCCGUGCUGCAGGCCCUGUCUGUGCUGCAUGCUCAGGGUGUCAUCCAUCGGGACAUCAAGAGUGACUCCAUCCUGCUGACCCACGACGGCAGGGUGAAGCUGUCAGAUUUUGGGUUCUGCGCCCAGGUGAGCAAGGAGGUGCCACGGAGGAAGUCACUGGUUGGCACACCUUACUGGAUGGCCCCGGAGCUCAUCUCCCGCCUUCCCUACGGGCCAGAGGUGGACAUCUGGUCACUGGGGGUAAUGGUAAUUGAGAUGGUGGAUGGGGAGCCCCCUUACUUCAAUGAGCCACCCCUCAAAGCCAUGAAGAUGAUCCGGGACAACCUGCCACCCCGACUGAAGAACCUACACAAGGUGUCGCCAUCCCUGAAGGGCUUCCUGGACCGCCUGCUGGUGCGUGACCCGGCACAGCGGGCCACGGCGGCCGAGCUGCUGAAGCACCCGUUCCUGACCAAGGCGGGCCCGCCCGCCAGCAUCGUGCCCCUCAUGCGCCAGCACCGCGCCAGAUGAGCCCAGCGCGGCCUGAACCAAAGAGCCUGUGGGCUGCCCUGCGCCCACCACGCGGCCCUGCCUGCAGAGGCUGCCUGCCAGACACCGUGGGCACACGCUGCCCUCCACGCUGGGCCUCGAGGAACCCCACUACUGAACCCAGGGUUUGAUUCUGGGGCCUCAGAUGACACGAGUGUCUUGUGGGAGCAAGCGAGGCUUCCGGAGCCCCGGCCUCCAGGACGAGGCCCUCCUGGUGCUCUGUCCAGGGAGGAGAUGGCCACCCAGCACUGGAAACCCGCAGCGGGGACCCUGGGCAGAGAGACCACCAGAAGAGAGGGUGUUGUGUGAGUGUGUGUGUGUGUGUACGUGUGUGUACGUGUGUGCGUGUGUGUCCUCACACACUGAAAGUCUAGCAACUCUGUCCUCAGCCUGCAAGUGGCAAUCUCAGACCUUACCUAGCUCCCAGCCCCCUCCCCCUGAGCCAUUGUGGGGGGUCAAUCAUGAAUGUCUGAAGAGUGGCCUUUCCCCAGAGCCCUGCACCCCCUUUUCUCCGUUGCUGAAGAGGGGCAGUGAGGCCUGUGCAGAAGUGACUUCCGCGCCGGACGCCUCCGUUUUCUAGAAGUCUAUUUAUAUUGUCAUUUUAUAACACUAGCCCUGGCUCCUGACCCGGGCCAGGCACCUCCGGUCCUGUGGCGGCCGGGAGGCCCGUUCCUGCCCCGCCCCGC